UAGCGCCUGCGCCUUCCUGCCCGGACCCGGAUAUUUCCCGAGUUUCCGGCAGAACUAUUGCUGGUGUUGCGGUUGAUGGCUGCUCGCGUGUUGUUGCAGCAAUGUCUCUCUGCCCGGCUGCAAGUGAAGGAGGCGGAAGAAGGUGCUGCAGCUGAAUGGAUUCAGAUUCAAAGAGGGACAUUGAUCUACGUCUGCUUUUCCAAAGGUGCUACUGUUGACAUUAUUCCCAAAAUGGUUAAUACGUUGUUGAACGUGAAGCUCUGUGAGACCGAUGAAGGCAACCAUGUGUCAGUGCUGGAUCUACCUGCUAAUGUUGUCAUUAUACCUCAGGCCACAUUGGGUGGCAAACUCAAGGGGCGUAGCAUGCAGUACCAUUAUAACAUUGGAAAAGAGGAAGGAAAAGAACUGUACGAGUACUUUGUUGCUCUAUGUGAAAAGGAAUUUGCCUCAAAUGCUAAAUGUGCUGAAGCUGGAGUUGUGGUCAGGCAUGGGACCUAUGGGAUCAGACAAGUGCUGCAAACAGACACCAAUGGACCAUAUACUCACUUGAUUGAAUUUUAAAACAUUAUUUCACAAUUCAGAAAUAUGUACAAGAAUGUAUUGUUCUUCUGUUUUUAUGUGUAUAAAGUCUUUUUUCUUUGGAAUAGACUUGCAGUGAAUUAGACCACUAUUAUUACGAGAUUACAUUUCUGUGUUCAGAGAGACUGACAUUUUUGAUUGUUCAUUCAUGGGAUGUGGGCAUCACUGGUUUGACAGCAUUUAUUGUCCAUCUAUAGUCGCCCAGAGAAAGUGGUGGUGAGCUGCUUUCUUGAACUGCUACAGUCUACAUGCUGUAGCUAGACCCACAAUACUGUUAGGGAGGAAGUUCCAUAAUUAUGAACCAACCAUACUGAAGCAAUGUUGAUAAAUUUCCAAGUCAGGAUGUGGUGGCUUGGAAGGGAACGUGCUGAUGGUGGUAUUCAUAUGUAUCUAUUGCCCUUCUCCUUUAUAGAUGGAAGUGGAUGUGCGUUGGGAAGGUGCUGUCCAAGGAGCUUUGGUGAAUUUCUGCAGCUUAUCUUGUCAAUAGUACACACCGUUAUGGUGCGGAGGGACUGGCUGUCUUUGGAUGUGGUCCCAGUGAAAUGUGCUGCUUUUUUUCUGGACGGAGUCAAGCUUCUUGAUCUUGUAAAUGAUACCCCCUGCUUCAUCUUGAAUUACAUUUUAUAAAGCAGUUUUGGAUAAAAUA